UCAUGUCACGUUGGAAUGCUGCAAAAGAUGAUCCGAUCGUCGUCAUCGUGGUGCGCCAUGAUGCUGAAGUGCGUUUAUAUUCCGGCUGUCUAGAUUUCGUUCGCGCGCCGCCAUUUCCGUAAGAAGGAAUAUCAAAGCGAAACAGAAUUGGAAAAUUCAAUUCUACGAAUUCUCUCGGUCUCGAGUGUAUUCAAUUCUGCUUGGAAAUUAGCGUAUGCUGGAAUCUGACCGAUGUAUAGAUUUAUAUUCAACUCUGGUUGGAAGCAAUGAAUAUCGCAGAGGUAACUGGACUAGAAUAUGGACGACGCAAAUGAUCCUAUAAAGGCUUUAAUUGAAAAAACGGGAUUGUCAUGUGACGAUCUUUUACAAAAGUUGCUUCAAUAUAAAAAUCAACAAAGUAAAGGAUCCGAUGAAUCUAGUAAGGCAGCUCCGCCCAUUCAAAGCACUGAUCAGAAAAGUGAAAACCAAAUCGACACUUCUAAGGUCAAUAACAGUGAAUCCAAUGAUUCUGGUGAUGCAGGAGCCACUGCAAAUCAAGCCAACGACUCCAAUGGAGAUCUUACUAUCGAGGAAGUUCACCAGAAACAAGUUCUCGAAGAACCCAUCAAAGAAACAAUCGAAAAUACCUCUUCUGAAGAUGUUGAGCAUGAAAAAGAGGCCUCGGGGGUUGGUUUGAAGGAUGGGCCAUGUGAAUUGAAAGGAAAUUCCACCACUUCUUCAUCUGAACCUACCAUUUGUCUUGAAGAUAACGAAAAGGGUCAAGUUAAACCUAAAGAAGCAAAUAUUGAUGAUUCUACUUCCGAAGAUCAGGGGAAUGUUUCGAAUGUGCCAUUGUUGGAAAAAAAUUCGGCUUUUGAAGAUUUUUCAUCUGAAUCAAAAAAUGAAAGUGAUGAUGUCCAGUGUAAUAUUUCACAAAUUCUUGAUGCUUCUGAAAUAUCUGAAAAAAAUUUUGAUUCUAAUGGAAAUCCAACAUUUGACUGUAGCAAUAUUCCAAGCAAAGAAAAAUCAAUAUCAAAUGAAUCGUUAGGAAGAUUGAGUGAAAGUGUAAGCGAAACCAACAGAGUCAACUCUAAUAAUUCACAAAAUGAAAAUACUCCUCAAAUAUCUGAAGAAAAUAUUGAUUCUAAUGGAGAUUCAACAUUUGACUGUAGCAAUAUUCCAAGCAAAGAAAAAUCAAUAUCAAAUGAAUCGUUAGAAAGAUUGAGUGAAAGUGUAAGCGAAACCAACAGAGUCAACUCUAAUAAUUCACAAAAUGAAAAUACUCCUCAAAUAUCUGAAGAAAAUAUUGAUUCUAAUGGAGAUUCAACAUUUGACUGUAGCAAUAUUACAAACAAAGAAAAAUCAAUAUCAAAUGAAUCGUUAGAAAGAUUGAGUGAAAGUGUAAGCGAAACCAACAGAGUCAACUCUAAUAAUUCACAAAAUGAAAAUACUCCUCAAAUAUCUGAAGAAAAUAUUGAUUCUAAUGGAGAUUCAACAUUUGACUGUAGCAAUAUUACAAACAAAGAAAAAUCAAUAUCAAAUGAAUCGUUAGAAAGAUUGGGUGAAAGUGUAAGCCAAACCAACAGAGUCAACUCUAAUAAUUCACAAAAUGAAAAUAAUCCUCAAAUAUCUGAAAAAAAAAUUAAUUCUGAUGGAGAUUCAACAUUUGACUGUAGCAAUAUUCCAAGCAAAGAAAAAUCAAUAUCAAAUGAAUCAAUAGAAAGAUUGGGUGAAAGUGUAAGCCAAACCAACAGAGUCAAUUCUAAUAAUUCACAAAAUGAAAAUACUCCGCAAAUAUCUGAAAAAAAUAUUGAUUCCAAUGGAGAUUCAACCUUUGACUGUAGCAAUAUUUCAAACAGAGAAAAAUCAAUAUCUUAUGAAUCAAUAGAAAGAUUGAGUGAAAGUGUAAGCCAAACCAACGGAGUCAACUCUAAUAAUUCACAAAAUGAAAAUACUCCGCAAAUAUCUGAAAAAAAUAUUGAUUCUAAUGGAGAUUCAACAUUUGACUGUAGCAAUAUUCCAAGCAAAGAAAAAUCAAUAUCAAAUGAAUCGUUAGAAAGAUUGAGUGAAAGCCAAACCAAAAGAUCAGAAAAUAAAACUAUUGGAGAUCUCAAAGAAAAUGAUAUCGAAGUAUGUCAAAUAGAAGAUGUAGAAGUUAAACCACUGUUGAAAUUGAGAAGUGACUUAUUUGCUAAUAAUUUCAAGGGUAACUUUCAUACAACUGAUGAGGAAGAUGAAAAUGAGGAGAACAAUCUGGAAAUAAAGGAAUUCCUGAAAAAUGUUGAAGAAGUCACAGCAGAGGUGAAGAACCAUUCACCUGUGAAAAGUUCAUCCUCUGAUGUGAUUGAAGAACCUGCCAAACCUAAUAUUUCACGAUUGAGAAGGGUAAAAAUGGGUUUUGUCAAAAAACGAAUUUUACAUAAAGCAAUAAAAUACAUCUACGAUUCUAAAUCUAGAAAAAUGGAAAAAUUACAAACAGGUAACAAUGUUUCUCAAACAACUGAGAAAUCCCAUUGUGAAAAUGAUACCAAGAAAGAUUCAGAGGAGGAAAUACGUAAAAACUUGAAGCUCCAACUAGACUCGCUCAGGAACAGAAAAAAGUCAACUAAUACAAAAGACAAAUAUCCCGCAGAAAAGUUGAAAACGAAUUAUAACAAGCAUAUUUAUGGAAAAAAGAGAGCUACAGAUCGAUUGAAUGCUGUCAACACCUCUGACGUUGAAGAUUCUUCUUCAUUAAAUGUCGAGCCAGAAAGGAGAUCUUCUGACGAUAAUGAUCAUGUAAACCCUGGAGGAACUACUGAAAGUGGAGAAUCUUUGUUUUCACUUUCCAAGAAUACAGAUUUCAUGAUAAUCGAUGUUCAAGGGGGUGUUGAACUUCCGGAAAUCGAAAGUGAAGGAAAUAAAGAAAAAGCACCUUCAGAGGAGGUUGAAAUUCCAGAAAUUGAAAGUGAAGAAAGAAGAGAAAGAGAAAAAGCACCUUCCGAUCUCAUCAAAUUAACCAAAACUAACGAUGUAACUAAAAUCAAGGGGUGGCAAAACAAGAAAUUCCAGCUCCAAAAAGGAGAUAAUUCGAAAGAUUCUGAAAAAGCAGAAAAUAAUACCAAAGAAAUUAAUCAUUGUGAUAUUUUUGUACCUAGUUGUAGUACCAGGAUAAUAAAUGAAAGAAAAAAUGAACAUAAUAUCAAUGGAGAAAUAUCUAAAAAUGAACAGAAUAACAAAGAAGAAUUAUCUCCGUUUGUUAGUAACUCUUUAGAAGAAUUUCUCACGGAAAAUUCCACAUUAAAUAUAAGUUAUAACAUUCCUAAACUAGGUGCAGAAGAUGGUAUUAUUACAAAGAAAUACGAUUCAGUAAUAAUUCCACAUUCUGUCGAACCUGCAACUUGUGAUACCGAAAAAAAAGAGGAAGUCGAAAAAGAAAAAUCUAGAAGCAUGAAGCCGAAAACUUUAGCCGAAAAAAGAAGAAUGUUGGAAAAUAGUAAGUCAAAAACUGAUAGUGAUAAAAAAGAAUUCAAUAAAACAAGUUACGUUUUAUAUAACGGUAGUAAAUUGUUUGUACCUACACUGUUUUCGAAAAAGUGUUUACAGGAAAUAAAAUUCAAACCAAAACUAAAGCAUAAAAAUUUUACAAAUGCUAAAAGAACCGCUAUAAAUAAGAAAUUGUCCUUACUUGGUAUAUAUCACGAAAAUAGUAGUUCCAUAUCGUAUAAGCCAGCUCCAUUGCGAAAAAAAGUUAUACUCCAAGAUGAAACUUCUGCAUCUGAAUGGGAUACAGAGAUACGAAAACUCCCAACCAUAAAAUUGAACAUUAUUCCGGAGAUUGGAAAAUCUGUUCCUCCGCAUUUAGAACACUAUUUCAAAUUCAGUCCGAUAAUAAAAGAAGACCGUUUGGAGCUAGCCUUGAAUGCUGUUUCGGAUAAAUCCACCAAAACGAAGAAAAAGCAAGGUUUCAGUUUAACCGUUCCUUAUGCCAAUAAUCAAAAAUAUGUAUUGGUGAGAAAAAGGAAGAAAAUGUCUCAAAAUGUAAUAUACGACGUUCCUGCUGAAAGGAAUACUGUAAAAAGUGUUUUAGACGAUAUAAUUUCAUACGUUGAACACAAGGAAAACGAGGAUUUGAUUAUAAAAGAUGCUGAAGUAUACAAAGAUCAAGAUCAUGAUAAUGAAAGUUGUUCUUUGAAUGAGAGUAGCCCUCCGAAAAAAUCUAAACGUCGAAAAUUAGAUUCUGAACUGUUGAGGCUCAGUUGUAAAGUUUUAAGUGUAUCCGUUGAUGAGUCUGAGGAAAAUCGAACUAAGUGUCCGAAAUCUUUUUGCAAAUUAGGUUGUGUAUGUAAAAGCUUGAACUGUUUUACACGUCUACCGAUGCAUUGUUCAAAAUUAGAAUGCAUGUUCGAGUGUAAAUGUUCUGCGAGUCAAAACAUUUCGCUCGAUGGAGAAUCCAGCAUGUUGCCAUGUGAUACAGUUUGGAGAUUGGAAGAUCAAGCUAAAAGAGACUUGGCCAAAGUCGAGAAAGAAUUCACCCAAACUAUAAUCCACACGAACAAUAAAACCAUUUUGAUUCCUUCCAGUGAUCGGAAGAAAACGAAAAGGGUGAAAAGAAUGCCUAAACGAUAUUCUGACUUUCUGGAAGAUUUCAAUAUCGAUGAAAAAGUUUCUAAAGAGAAUGACUAUAAUUUGAAGCAACUCUCAAAUUGUCGCGUUCUACUAAAAAAACUGGAUAUGAAAGGUAUUAUACCACUUUGCUUGUAUCAUGAUUGUUACGAUUGUGCUUGUCUGAGUAGUCCGGACAAAAAAUCAAAUCCAACUUCAAGCUUUGAGAUUCAAGAAGUAGUUCAAAGUAAACCAAUGAAAAAGAAGAAACCUCCAUCUCCAUCUAUCGAGAGAAAGAGACCUUCGAAUGAUUCAAAAGAACAAAGGCCAAUCGAUCAUUCCGAAGGUAACACUUCAGAUUCAGAAUACAUGGAAGAGCUGAAAAUAGCUGAUAGCAGAAAGCUAAAAGGGAGAGGGGGAUGUGCUAGAGCUUCGGGAGUCCACCCUGAAGUGUUAGCAAGGAACGAAAUUCCAUUUUAUAAAAACAAACUCAGAUUGAAAGUUGCUCAGGCUGAAAGUACCUCUUUUGUCGAUAUUUCUCAUAUCAAAAGUAGUUAUAGUGAACCAGUGAAAGAUUUAAUAGAUGUUACCAAACCUAUGCAAAUUUCAGCAGCCGACAGGGUCAAAUUAUUCAUUGCAAAAAACAGAAGGAAAAGACAGGCAUCAGAUGAACUAGAUAUUUUAUGGAAUAAGGCUAAGAAAUCGAAAAAAAUAUCUAAAGAAUCUAUUAACGAGCCAAUUGAUCAAAACAAAAAGGAGGAGAACCUACCGUACACUCCUGUUUUCAAUGGAGAAAUAAUUGUUCCGACAAACGAGAAUGAAGAUUUUGUCAGAAAACUCGGAGUUAAAAGUGCAGCACAAUUUAUGAGAUUGUUACCGUGGGAUGACUUAUUGAAGAAUUAUUAUGAUAAUACGAUAAAUAUAUGGUGCCCAAAUAAUAGUAAUAACAAAUUGUUGAUGAAUAAGAGUGAUAAAGGGCCCCCUCAAGGCUACAUCGAAAUAACCGAAUCAAAAAGAAAAAACGGUAUUAUGAAUUGGAUAUUAUCGAAGAAACUCCCUAAAAAUACACCUUCGGAGUUGGUUCAUUUGAUUCUCUCUCCGAAAAAUGAAUAUUUCGAAAUAUCCGGGAUAUGUUUGAAGAAUAUUACGGAGGAAGAGAAAAAUAAAAAAUAUUACGAAGAAAAGAAAAAUCCUCAACUUAAUAUUUCAAAGGAUGUACACAUUUUCAAACACAAAAACCACGCAAAUCAGGAGCAAACAUUAAUAAUGAGUCUGAAGGUUCACAGUAAAAAAGAUUUAUACAUCGUUUCAUCCUCUCAGUCUGUUAUCCAUGAAAAUAAUUUCGUAAGUGUUGAAUUACCAGCGUAUGACUCGAUUAGAUGGAGAAUGGUUUUUCUAAAUUCGAAUUUCAGUUUCCUAUCUUUUAUCAGAAUGGAUUAUUCGAUUAAAUAUACGGAUUUGAAAACCAUUUUAAAGAUGGCUCAAGAUUCGAAUAAAACGAUUUGUUUGCAAAGCAAAAUAUUGAGCCAAGGAUAUUGUCAACAAAAUUUUGGUAUUUAUGCAGUACCAAACUUUAAAGACAAUUUGUUCAUUGGUCCUUUCGGCUUCAACGAGGAUCAUAAUUUACAAACUUUGAGGUAUCUCCGUCAAGAAUUGGUACCUACGGAGUAUUUUGAAAUGGUACAAGGAGGUGUCAUACCUAACAAAAAGAAGGAUGUAUGGUUAAUCUCCAAAGAUGCUCUGUUUAAAAAAAAUAUCCCUAGUACUUUGCCUCAGUCGUCAAAUGAAAGAUCAAAACCAAUUACUGUAGAUCCGGAAUAUGCUGUGCUCACACCUUUACCAAGCUCUUCCGCAAAAUCAAAACCAGAUAAAAAAAGUGCGGAUUCAAAUUUGAAAACCCCUAAUGUUUACGACCUAACAUAUUAUCACUCAUUGGAUGAGAAUGCGCAAUUUAUCACUUCGAUGGAUUUGGAGGAGAAAGCAUUUAUCAACUUGCCGCAGUUCACCAUCUUGAAUGGCAAGAAAUUGAGGCAACAGGAUUACAAUUGUUAUUUGGUGACAAAUGUUCCUAACAUCGGUUAUAUGGGAGCUGUAAAAAAUGGAGAGAAUCUAGAAGUAGACUGGCCCUUUGGUAACAAAACACUCCGAUUUCUCAAUGUUCUUCGUGCCACACAGUUUAUCAGAAGGCGCUUCAUGAAUCUGUUAUUACCAGUACCAGCUUCAUUUAAUUUAAGAGUUCUGCUCAAGGAAGAUUUGGAUAACCUUGAUAAUUUAACACCAGUGGAUCCUAAGUUACUGAAUGGAACUCAUAUAUGUGGAUCGUUUGGAAUAUUGGAUUCUAGAAAACUGACUCCUCAAUUAGCCCAAACUUUGGGCACCACACAGGAAGAUGUUUUGGAGCGACUGGCUAAACGAGCUCAAUUUUUGGUAAGAUCUCGUUUGAGAACUUUGGGAUUGUUUCUUUUACCAAAAGACGAACAAGUUGAAGAAGUACUUGAUAACGUGGCCCAUUUAUCAAAAUUGGGUAGUUUGGAAAUUGAUAAAGUAAAGGCUACAGAAAAAAAACUUAUAGAUACUAAGAAAAAACUGAUAAUGCAGAAGCAAAGCUAUCUGAAAAGAUAUAUGGAUCUUCUCAUGGACUUUCCUGAAGAAAAAAGGUUAAAAGAAUAUUCCAAGUUUAGACAACUAUUUAAUGGUGGUUCUUCAACCGCCAAAGUUUCAUCUGAAAAGAGUAGUAAAGAUUCUGAAGAUAUUGAAUGUAUAGAAAUUGAAGAUUCUGAUUCCGAGGAGGAUACUUCUGCAGAAACAAAAGAGGCCAACGGUAGGUCGGAUGUUAGUCCAAAGAAGCCAGUAGGUAUGAAAUCGAUUCUCAAACCAAAGAUCAUUCCACAAUCAACCCCUUCUACAUCAGAUAGUGAAUCUAGCCGACCAGUGGAGAAUUUCAAGUUGGUGAAAACGGCAACAGGAAAAUUGGUUCUUGUCAAAGAUACAUCAGGAGUUUCCUUGUCAAAAACUCUCUCGGGAAUGAAGCUGAAAAUCAGGAACAACAAAGUUAUAGACGACACAAAUUAAAUUUAUCACUGAUGGUCGAAGAGUGAAAAAAAUUGGUUGUAUUAAUUUAUGGACUUCGUUAUUUAUCAUGUAUCUUUUUGAAUUUAUCAAUCAUUUUCUUUUCUAUCUUUCAUUUCACUUUGUGUUAUCUAGACUGAACUUUUUUUGCUUAUUCUUUCCUCAAAUGACUGUACAUAAUAGUAAUUUAUUUUGUUGAUAAUGUUGAAUUGAUUCAGUUUAUUUUGUUGGGUAGAUCGUUUCUUAAUCUUGAUUUUUAUGAAAAAAAAAAUAUUUUUUAUGGAAACGGAUUUGAUGAGCGUAUUUUCAUCAAGUUUCAAUCUUAUUCAACAUAAUUAUUGUAUAUAAUUAAGACUCCUGUAGAAUGUUAUUGUUAAUUUAUUAUUAAGCACCUGUAUUUAUAGUUUUAUGGU